AUGACCUGGGGAAAUCGCUCAGUGUUGAUGGAAUUUGUGUUCCUGGCCUAUCCCUCCCACCCCGAGCUGCGUGUCUUGUCUUUCCUUGGAGUCAGCCUGGUUUAUAUAUUCAUCAUCAGUGGGAAUGUCCUCAUUGUGGUGGCCAUCCAGACAGAAGCCCGCCUACACACACCCAUGUACUAUUUCCUGGGCAGCCUCUCAGGGGUGGAAAUAUGCUACACUGCUGUGGUGGUGCCUCACAUUCUGGCCAACAUCCUACAAUCCGAGAAGACCAUCACCUUGCUGGGUUGUGCCACUCAGAUGUUUUUCUUCAUCGGAUUCGGCAAUACUGAUUGCUUCAUUUUGGCUGUGAUGGCCUAUGACCGGUAUGUUGCUAUUUGCCACCCCCUGCAGUACCCUCUCAUCAUGACUCUAACUCUUUGUGUCCGCUUGGUUAUUGUCUCUGUGGUCGUCGGUUUGUUCCUGUCCUCACAGCUGGUGGCCUUCAUCUUCUCUCUGCCAUUCUGUCGAGCUCGGAAUAUCGAGCACUUCUUUUGUGAUGUGCCACCAGUGAUGCGUCUUGUUUGUGCCAACAGCCACAUCCAUGAGCAGUCAGUGCUGGUGUCAGCCACAGUAGUCAUCGCCGUGCCUUUCCUUCUCAUUGCCACCUCCUACGCCUUCAUUGUGGAGGCUGUGCUCAAGAUCCCCUCAGCAGCUGGUCGUCACCGGGCUGUCUCCACCUGCUCUUCCCACCUCACUGUGGUCCUGCUGCAGUAUGGCUGUUGUGCUUUCAUGUACCUGCGCCCCNAAACAUAA